UUUUAACAUCACAAUACAGAGAGACACAGCCACGACCAAAUCGAAAACUCUACCAACAGUAACAUAACUUGUCUUGUUCUUUCCUUCAUCUUUGUUUUUUUUUUCUCUGUCUGAAACAAAUCCCAACACGAAGAAGAAGAUGGGAAUAGCAAUGGUUGGUACUGAUUUGCUGAGUGAAAAAGCAGCCAUCAUGAGAGAGUCUCUUCAAAAGAGCCAAACCAUUACAGACAACGUUGUCACCAUUCUCGGUUCCUUUGACCACCGUCUCUCUACCCUUGAAGCCGCCAUGCGUCCAACUCAGAUUAGGACACAUUCUAUUAGACAAGCUCACGAGAAUAUUGAUAAGACUUUGAAGGCUGCUGAGAUUAUAUUGUCCCACUUUGAUCAGUAUCGUCAGGCAGAGAGCAAAAUACUCAAAGGGCCACACGAAGACCUGGAAAACUAUCUUGAAGCAAUUGCUAAGUUGAGAAGCAACAUUCAGUUUUUUGGCAGUAAGAACAGUUUUAGGAAUAGUGAUGGUGUUGUCAGCCAUGCCAGUAGUUUGCUAACUAAAGCUAUUUCUAAGCUACAGGACGAGUUUAAUCAGCUAUUAUCAUCUUACAGCAAACCCGUGGAACCCGAACGCCUCUUUGAUUGCCUUCCAAACUCAAUGCGACCUUCGUCAGGAUCACCUGGUCACGAGGGUGAACACAAUGGCAAGUCCAAUCAUCAUUCUGAUUCUCAUAACAAUAACGCUGAUGCUGUUGUAUACACACCUCCCGUCCUUAUACCACCUAGAAUUUUGCCACUACUACAUGAUUUAGCCCAGCAAAUGAUUGAAGCUGGUCACCGAUCACAGUUACUCAAAAUAUACAGGGAAGCCCGUUCUAAUGUAUUGGAAGAAAGCCUCCAAAAACUUGGAGUUGAGAAACUCAACAAAGACGAUGUUCAAAAGCUACAGUGGGAGAUUUUGGAAGCCAAAAUCGGAAACUGGAUUCAUUUCAUGCGAAUAGCUGUGAAAUUGUUGUUUGCUGGUGAGAGGAAAGUUUGUGAUCAGAUAUUUGAAGGCUUUGAUUCACUCGCUGAACAAUGUUUUGCCGAGGUGACUACAAACAGUGUCUCUAUGCUACUUAGCUUUGGAGACGCAAUAGCCAAAAGCAAGAGAUCCCCAGAAAAAUUAUUUGUACUUUUGGACAUGUAUGAAAUAAUGCAAGAGCUACAUUCGGAGAUUGAUACACUUUUUAAAGGCAAAGCUUGCACUGAAAUAAGAGAUGCGGCAACGGCUUUGACAAAACGGCUUGCACAAACAGCGCAGGAGACCUUUGGAGAUUUUGAAGAAGCGGUUGAAAAAGAUGCUACAAAGACCGCAGUAACAGAUGGAACUGUUCAUCCUUUGACUAGCUAUGUUAUUAACUAUGUAAAGUUUUUGUUUGACUACCGGUCCACGUUGAAGCAACUUUUCCAAGAGUUUGAAGGUGGAAAUGAUUCUUCCCAGCUAGCAACUGUAACAAUGCGAAUAAUGCAGGCUUUGCAAAUCAAUCUAGAUGGCAAAUCAAAGCAGUAUAAAGACCCUGCAUUGACACAUCUUUUUCUCAUGAACAAUAUUCAUUAUAUUGUCAGAUCAGUUAGGAGGUCGGAAGCCAAGGAUUUGCUUGGAGAUGAUUGGGUACAAAGACAUAGGAGGAUUGUGCAGCAGCAUGCAAAUCAAUACAAAAGAAAUGCUUGGGCAAAGAUUCUUCAAUGCAUGUCUAUUCAGGGACUCGCCUCAUCAGGUGGUGGGAGUAAUACUGCAGGUGGUGAUAGCGGAACUGGAGGUAGUAGUGGUGCUUCAAGAGCACUUGUUAAAGACCGGUUUAAGACAUUCAAUAUUAUGUUUGAGGAACUUCAUCAGAAACAAUCACAAUGGACAGUUCCAGACAGCGAGUUGCGAGAGUCUCUCAGGCUUGCAGUUGCUGAAGUCUUGUUACCUGCGUAUCGAUCAUUCGUGAAACGUUUUGGGCCUCUAGUCGAGAGUGGAAAGACGCCUCAGAAGUACAUAAAAUACACUGCCGAAGAUCUAGAUCGAAUGUUAGGCGAGUUUUUUGAAGGGAAAAACAUGAGUGAAACUAAGAGAUGAUUUUGAACUGCUAAUGAGUGUUAAUUUAGCAGGUUGCAGGUUGCAGGUUGAAAAUCUCUUGAAUAUUUUUUUAUGGAAAUGAUUAGGAAAUGAAAAUGAGUUGUAUUAUUGUAUCUGUUGGACAUUGAUUUAAUAAGAGGGGUGAGUGUUUUUGCUUCCUUAGAUUAUUUGUAUAUAGUUUCUUUGAUUUCGUGCUUAAGGUGAGUCUCAAACAUUUGUUUGUAAUUAUUAUGUUUAGUCUUGAGGGUUAAUGCAAAUAUUACUGAAGAUUUUUAUUUUUUA